AUGCUUCACCCCUCCGACGCGAGUGGCUCCUUCCUCUUUUCCACUGGGCUCUGUCUUGUUGCGGUUGAUUCUUGGUCACCGCCGGACGGCCCCUCUCUGUAUGGAAAUGGCUCCCACGUCACGGACGUUCUUAUGCUGGCGGACAAUGAGACGUGGACGAACUACCCGGACAACGAGGGAUCUUCUGGCAAUAGCACCCACACUUUCAAGAAGCGUGCUGAGGAUUUCUACUUGCGGAUCCUUCCGCUCGGUGCAUCAAUCACCAGGGGCGUCUUCUCGAGCGACAACAAUGGCUAUCGUAAGGCGUUGCGCGAACAACCAAGGUUUGAGGGCUGGAAAGUCAACAUGGUUGGGUCCAAGCAGGAUGGCACUAUGGCUGAUAACGACAACGAAGGCCAUCCGGGCGCCUGGGUGCACCAAGUGAAUGAGAAAUUUCGCCUUUCGUCCAACCAGAAACCCAAUCUCGUACUGGUCAACGCCGGAACGAAUGACUGCGAGAACCGCCAGGACCCAGAGACUACAAUCAUGAAUAUGAGGACAAUGAUCGAUGAGAUAUUCAAGACACUGCCGGACACAACGGUCAUCCUCUCGUCUCUGGUAAAAAGUGGAAAGGACGAUGGCAUCAAGGCCUGCGCUGCAGCCGUGAGCCAAGGAUAUCGCAACCUGGUCUACACGACGUAUCGUGGCUACAGAAUUUCUUAUGCCAACAUUCACGAUGCCAUAAGUCUCAAUCAGAUUGGUGAUGGAACGCAUCCGACUGAUGAGGGCUAUAGGCUCUUUGCUUCUGUGUGGGUGGCUGCCAUCAAUCGAAUCGCGAAGAAGAUCAAGCCGCCACCCAACGUCGAGACGGUCAAUGAUGCCGAGGUCACCAAAACGACCAAAUGCCAGAAAAUUCCCGGAACUGCUCGACGAGUUCAAACUCAACGAGGUAGCGGACACGAUGAUGGGAACUAUGUUCACGAUCGCGUUGAGCGAGGAAUUAUCGAAUCAGGAAAGAUCAUCAAGUAA